AUGAGUGUGAAUGCUUGGGCAGCCAAGGUGAGCUUUGGCGCAGACGUGAACAGCAAGAACAAACAGAGUGUUUUGCUUGCAUUAGAAGGCACGGUUGCUGAUGCUAGCUAUGCCCCCUUUUUACGGGAGGUGUGGCCAGAGGAAGUCUUCACCGCGCUGCGGAUCUCGUUGAGAUAUGUGAAGGCCCGGCUCAAGGAGGCCGAGUUCGAACGAAAGCAGCUGGGACUUCGUUCCCGCUACCGAAGACGCCUCGACACCAAUCCCAACUGCGAUUGCUUGGAGGUCUUGCUCACCCAUGCGUGUGAGGACUGGCAGAGUUUGAAGUGGAUGGAGGUCCACGUGGAGGCCGCGAAUGCGGAGCAGCUCCCGAAGGGUUGCUAUGUCAGUGUGCGUGUGGGGGAUGUCCUGAAGCAGGGCAGAUAUGAGCCUCAACGAGCUUACAACUUCCCGGGCAUUGACCGGCGGAGGGAUGUUCGGAUCGACGUCUACCAGCAUGUGGGAAAUUGCUUACUCACUGCAGAGCCGGACUCCAGUGCUAUGCACGACACCUAUGCCACCAGCACCAAUCCCGACUUCCCGGCGAUGAAAUUCAAGGUGAGCGUUUCCACCAAGAGCGAGGAAGUCCAAAAGUCUAAGACCGACCGGGCCGCCAAGAUGAAAGGCAAAGCCAAGGAGUACUUGGGCAAGCAUCGGAUUGAGGAACUCUUGUCAGAAGCUGUGAAGGCCUUGCUCAAGGAGCAGCCCACAGAGCCAGUGGACUUCAUUUGCAAGUACCUCUCGUGCAGCAAGAAAGAACCCAAGCUGAUGCCAGUGACCGGGGCCAAACCCGGCUCUAAGCCGAUGAAGCUGAAGCAGGACCCGUCAGGUGAGGAGUCCUUCGUGGAUCUCGAGGGGGGCGGAACGGCGGAUCCCCGCAACGACCUGCCGGACGUGCGCUCGGAGAUGAGACAGCUCCUGGUGGAGGCUGCGGGGAAUGGCCAGCUACGAGAGGCCUUGAAAGACUUCGAUGAUGAGAGCGGCCGAAAGGCGGAAGCGGUCCGAGAAAAGGCAGGCGACCUGCUGAUGGCGGCUACUGAGAACGGAGACUUCGAGAAGAUCUUGAAGGAUCUCCAGUCAAGCGAUGCAGCCAAGAAGAAGAAUGUCGAUGAGAUAAGGACAAAGGCUGCCCAAUUGUUGGUGAGCUCUGCAGACAACGGAGAUCUCAGAAAGGCCCUGGCGGAGAUCCGCACCAUGCCGGCGCAGCCGUCGCCGCGGCAAGAGACGCGACGAAAGGCCGCGGAGCUGCUGGUGGAGGCGGCGGACAACGGUCAGCUCAAGAAGGCCUUGGAAGAGAUCAAGGGCAGCCCGAGCGGCCCCAACCUACAAAAGCUACAGAUGAAAGUGGGUGAUGUGUUGAUGGCAGCCAUCGAGAAUGGGGACUUGGAGAAAGCCAUAAAGGAAGUCUCCGAGAAUCCGCCGGCGGACCCGGCUGCAGGCGCCUCCUGA